UCCAAAUAUCUUCUGUAAAGUGCGAAGAGGGGGGAAGUCCCAAGUGAAAAACAUGGUGGCUUUCAGCACACUAUCCCAUAAUCCCACCCAACAAAUCCCCAUUUUAAUCUCCUUUUGAUUCUCUCACUAUUCAAUAUAACAACAUGAACAAUUAUAAUACUAACAAUAAUUAGUAUAGGAAACAACCCAAAUGGCCAAGUAAGUAUGGCAGGCCCCAACCUCCCCAUGUUACAAAUCCCCCUUUACCUGUCCCCACUCUCUCUCCUUUUAUAAAAUCCCCAAGCCCUGCCUUCCCCUCUCCUUCACUCCCAUACCACCUCCUUCAUUGAUCUCUUCUCCUGUACACAUCUUUGAGCCAUCAAGUCUUUUUCCUCCUGUUCAUUGCUAGAAAACCCAUCACAUUUAGACUUACAUAUUCAACACACAAGAACAUACACAGAACCUAAGAAAUUAUGUGCAGCUCUAAGGCCAAGGUGACCAUAGGGGUUGAAGUCACACCCAUGGUUGCUAGAAUCAAUGGCAGACCUGUCCUUCAGCCUACCUGCAAUCGGGUUCCUAGCCUAGACAGGCGGAAUUCGAUUAAGAAAAUAUCAACACCACCUCCCCCUCCACCAUUGCCAACUUCUUCUGCUAGUAGUACUAGUCCUAGAAUUUCCAACAAGGCUUCAUCAUUGUCAACACCUCCAAUUUCUCCAAAGUCAAAGUCUCCAAGGCCACCAGCAAUAAAGAGAGGAAAUGACCCUAAUGGGUUGAACUCAAGUUCUGAGAAAGUUGUGACCCCCGGAGGUACCACAAGAGCUAAGAUUUUGGAAAGGAAGAAGUCCAAGAGCUUUAAGCGUGCUAGUGUUGGUGUUGAUGGUGCUUCUGCUGAUCUUCAUCAUCAUGGAGAUUUUAGUGCUGGUGGAUUUUCUUCUUCUUCGAAUAUCGAGGCAUCGUUGAGUUAUUCGUCUUCUUUGAUCACGGAGGCGCCAGGAAGCAUUGCUGCUGUGAGGAGGGAGCAGAUGGCCCUUCAACAUGCACAAAGGAAGAUGAGGAUUGCCCAUUAUGGAAGAUCAAAGUCUGCCAACUUUGAAAGGGUUGUUCCUGUUGAUGCUUCUGGUAAUAUAGAAGCCAAGGGAGCUGAAGAAGAGAAAAGGUGCAGCUUUAUCACAGCUAAUUCAGAUCCCAUCUAUGUUGCUUACCAUGAUGAAGAAUGGGGAGUUCCAGUUCAUGAUGACAAGAUGUUGUUUGAACUGCUUGUGCUGAGUGGAGCUCAAGUUGGCUCAGAUUGGACUUCCAUUUUAAAGAAACGCCAAGAUUUCAGGAAUGCAUUUUCAGAUUUUGAUGCAGAAAUUGUGGCCAAUUUCACUGACAAGCAGAUGGUGUCAAUUGGUUCAGAAUAUGGCAUUGAUAUAAGCAGGGUCCGAGGAGUUGUGGACAACUCUAACCGAAUUCUUGAGAUUAAGAAGGAAUUUGGAUCAUUUGACAAGUACAUCUGGGGCUUUGUCAAUCAGAAACCCAUCUCACCUCAGUACAAAUUAGGCUACAAAAUCCCAGUUAAGACAUCAAAAUCAGAGUCCAUCAGCAAGGACAUGGUUAGGAGGGGAUUUAGGUUUGUGGGUCCAACAGUUGUUCAUUCUUUCAUGCAAGCCUCAGGCCUCACAAACGACCAUUUGAUCACUUGCCACAGGCACCUCCAGUGUACCUUAUUGGCAGCUCGCCGUCCCACAUUGGAAGAAGUUCUAUAGGAUCAUUGACAUCAAAGAGGAAAAAAUUAAUGACCCAAAAGUGUUUAGGGCUCAAUAUGCUAGAGAAGUGAGUGCAUAGUUUGCUAACUACAUAAAAAAGCAACAAAAAGAAAGGGUUACUUUUGGUGGUUGUGACUUGUGUGUAUAAUAUAAAUAGAGCAAUGGUUGUGAUUAGUUGUGAGAUUUAAUUUAGAAUCAAGAAUGCUUCAACGAUUAAGAUUCAUGUGAAUGACUGAUGAUAGCAUUCUUAGUUAACAAAGUUUGAAAUAGACAGAUGAGUGGUGUUGCAGAGGGAGCUCUCAAGGAGACAGGCAUCAUGUGCAUAUGCAUUAAGGAGGCAGGGCAUGUGUGGAUGUGUCAGUGUUGCUUUUUAUUCCAUGUGACCCAUCAAACUUUGCAUUAUUUUGAAUUCCUUUAACAGGCUGUGUGGGAUAUUGGAAGAUGGAGUGUAGGACCAGACCACAUAUUAAUUUCUCUUUCUCAAUUGCUUUGUUAAUUGAGUUGUUAGUUAUUAAUCUUCUGUACCUGUAUUUUUCUAACCCUUUUUGGCUUUGGGGGAAUAUUAUACCCCAUUGUUGUGUAUCUUGAAUUUGAUGUGAGAGGUUUUGAGUGUUGUU